UUAUUAAGAUGAGUGGGCUAAAGCCAGUCUCGCAUUCUCUCACACCAGAUAUAGUCAAGCUCAUUGAUGAUGAAGUGCCAUACACAGGAACCGCUCUGUGCCAUUGAGCCUGCAAGAUGUACUAUUUUGAUAAGAAAGACAGGGAAUUUAAGGAAAUGAACCUUGAAGGAGCCCUUUGUUUCGUAGUUGAUCGUAUUCUCAAAACUAGGUUCCUCAUGCUGUAUUCAUUGCAAAAUUACACCUUACUGAUGUAUACAGAGCUUUACGUGAAUUUCAACAAGAACUUUGUGAAGCUAAAUCCUCAUUUUUACUCUUUUCCUUGUGAAGACAUGAUUUUGGGUAUUUGCUUCGGAGAAAAAGAAGAUGGGGCCUAUUUUAACACUUUGGUGCAACGGUACUCUAUCACUAGAAACGAGAUGAAAGAAAUGAGGAAACGGGAAGAAGAUAAACCUCUGUACCACACACUCGAUCCUAAGACAGUAACAUCUCAUGUGCUUUUGAAGAUCACUAAGCCACAGUUUUUCUGUAAAUAAGGAGAACACUGGGUGGGACCCGACAACUAAAAAGUUUAAUUUCAAAGAAAUGCCAAAGGAGAUUAAGUUACUUUUGAAAGCAGCUAAUAUUAAGAAGAGGCAUUUGAAAAAUGAAGAAGUUGCUCUAAAAACUUUCGAUAUUAUCCAGAAAGCUCUUGCUUCUCAUACUAUUAAGGUCAUGGACAUGUUCAAAAGGAAGAGAGAUAGCCAAAUCAAAAAUGAGUCUAGCAAAAUAGACUUCAGACAGAGUAUUAUUAUCGGCGAUCAAGAUGAAGAAGAGAAAGAAAAUAUUUUGAGAUCAUCCAUAAAGAAACCUAAAACCGCUCCAGAAGAAGGAAUAUUAGGAGGAGAUCCUAAAGUAUCAAAUUUAAAGCCGGCUGAGACUGUCUCAAAGGCUCCUCCACCGCCACCUCCUUCAGGUGGCUUGAGGCCACCCCCUCCACCUCCAUCUGUACCUAAACUAUCCAUAAUAGCUCCCAAGCCUAAGAAAAAGGUCUCUAUUGCUAAAAAUUUAAAGUUUGGAACCGAUUUAAUGAAGCCUAUUGGGAGAAAAUCUUUUGCAGCCACAGGAAUUCAUGAAAUUUCUAAGACUUCAGAUCCUCCAGAAGAUACUGGAAAGCCAAUGACUUUCCAAGAAGAGCUACAACUUCAGCUAGCUAAUUUGAAGCCCGUCAAUAGGAGCACUGAAGAAACUGAUGCAGGUCUAAGCAAAAAGGAAAAAGACGAUAUCUCAACCCAACUCCAAAUAAUGCUAAAUGACAGAAAAAAGCACUUUAACAGAAGUGACUCUGACGAUGACGAAGAAGACGAAGACUCUGACUCUGGAUGGUCAGAAUUUGAUUAAAAAUACUUAAUUUUUGAUAAAUCCUCAGAACCUUCCUUACAC